CAGAAUAAACCACGAGUUAAGUUGAAUAUCAAAUCUUCUCGUAUUACUGUAGUAUUUAUGGCAUACAUAAACUAACUCGGGUGAUUCAAAGCAUUACUAUAGACUAUGCGAUAAACAAACGACCAAAACCGAUAGUCAAAGGACGUUUCAACCGUAAUACAGCUCUAACGAUGGAGAAGACUUUGAGAGACGAAGGUGAAAGCUUCUUGGAGGUAUUGGAAAGCAAGCGAGUAGAAUUAGUUGCAGGCUUACACCUUGAACGAACUUUUAUAUUUGACUAUCUACGAAGCAAAGGAGUUUUCGAUGGAGGCGACUGCGAGUUGAUUUGCAUCGAGAAAACAAGAGAUAAAAAAGCCAACAAGUUCCUUGAGAUACUCGGCACAAAAGGAAAGAGCGGGUUCGACCACUUCAUUGAUGGCUUACAACUUUCUAACCCGAGGUUGUUUGAGCAAGUCACUGGUGAAAAAGCGAAUGCUAAGCCAAACCCAAUCAUGUCAGUGCUAAAAACAGGUUUUCUGGACCAAAGCUACAUUCCUGAUCUGGAUAUUUUGACCAACCAUCUCCAGAGAACUAUCACAGAAUUAAAUGAUUUAUCGCUGAGAUAUCAAGAGGUCAGGAAGGAGAAGAAUGAGCUAGAGAAACAUUUGAACGAAGCAGAGAUUGCCCUUGAAGUAAGCCACCGAAGAAUCGACGAACUUGAAAGAGAAAAGGCGGAAACGGCCACCGACAUGAUGUCUUCAAUGUCUUCAGUGAACAGCGCUAAAGAGUCUGUUGUCGUCCAAAUGCAGUCGUUACAUAGAGACUUACAGGAAAGAAACACUUACAUUAUCGCUUUGCAGAUGAAUCUUCUGUCCACACAGGAACAAAUCGUCAGCUUGAAGAACCAACUCCAUGAAACGGAAGAAGCAAAGCAAGAGCUUCACAACCAACUCAAUCUUGUGACGAUUAACUAUGAUCACCAGAGGACAGAGUCCAUGAAACUCUCCGAGAAACUCGAGUUUCACAAGAACGACCUCCAAAAAUACAACGACAUCAAAAUGAAAUAUCGAGAGAUGCAAUUCAUAAACCAAAACUUGAAAAUUGAAAGAGAAGAGGCUGCGAAAGAUUUGAACAAGUUGAAGGAGUGGAUCGAGGUGUUUAAGACUCGUUACGAUAUCGUUGAAGAAGACUUUGAACAGACUCGAGAAAGCCAUGAAAUCAUCGCUGCCGACUGCUCUCAACUGCGGGAAAAAGUCGACGAACUUGAGCUUAAACUCAGAGCGAAAACACGAGAACUCGCUUCUGCUAAACAGAGAUACUUUGACUCGGAAGAAGCAGUGAAGCAACUGAGAGAACAACGAGAUUUACUGGCAGAAAGCAGAAAAGACAUUAUGGUAGAGCGUGACCGAGCGCAAGCCGAGCGUGACAAGUCUAUUCAACAUUACACAGAGGUGUUGAAAACUCGCGACGAAACCAUCUCUAGACAGACUACUCACUGCAAGCACUUUGAAGACAAAUACAAGAAUGUUUGCGAGGAGCUGCAAAAUCUGCAAGAAAGACUAACUGAAAUGGAACACGAGAUGGAGGAACUGAGAAAGACAAAACUGGAGGGGGAAUCGCCUGAGAGUCAGGCUCAACCGUUUAGAGUGAGGUUACCUGAAUUGAAAGGCAACAAGAAAUGCGACCUACCACGAGAAGACGAUGCAUCAUCGGGUGAGGGGUCUUCCUCCGCCGACAGUGAUGAUUCCUUCGACUGGAAAAUGUAUCGUAAGACCUCCCGAAUCAUUGAAAGCCUUAAGAAACGAAUUGGAAAAGGAGAACGAAAAGGAGAACAGUAUACCCCUUCAAAGGUGCCCCAAUACGGCUGUCACAGCCUUGAUCGUAUGCUUGAAGAACUUGUUCCACAAAAGAAGGCUCUUUCACCUGAAGCGCAAAAAUGUUUAAGCCUGGAGCGGAAUAGAAAUAUUUUCAAGGUUCCUCCAUCGCAUUUGUCUUUGGCUUGUAUGUUUGACUCUAUCGGUAGUACAAAUGGAUGUAGUCCAGUAUCCGAGCCCGUAACAUCACCGACCAGCGACAUCACGUCAAACAGGAAAACUGCAAGCCUGCCCCCUUUACCACCCAAGGCGAUGUCGGACAGUGUGGCCUACGAAUCCUCUACGGCGAAAAAUACCGACAUCAAUGGUAACAUAACUAUUCCUAAAUGCCGAAAAGCGGUCAAGAAGCCACCGUUUCGUACAAGUAUUUCUUCGCCAUCCGGGUUUGGAAAUCGUUUACGUCUACAGAACAAUCCAGAGCUUACACCGUCGCAGUCUUUCGAUUCUCUUCAAAAGACUAAGGAGGUAUUGUCGAUUUAUGAUCAAUAUUACGACAAGGAAGACGAAGAGAUCGAGGGACCGUUGUUAUCGCCGUCUUUUGCGCAGCCAUUCAGGCCACGAGCUAUGGCCAUUCGACUCAAAGAUAGCGAAAGACCGCGAAGUUCUUCGGCGCCUGCUUCUCCUGAUGUGGAUACCUCGUCACGCAAGUCCUUGGGUAGCGAUACUGAUCGCUAAAGCCCUGAAGUCAAACCUUUUGUACAUAAACAUCACUUUACAUUAAUAAAGACCUUGAGCAUCUGGUUCAACGUUAGCCGCUAACUGUUAGAGAUGAGGCCCAAAACAUACCCAAACAUGGAGAAACACUAGGCAUGAAUGAAAUUUAAUAUGGCGGCUCUUCAAGCAACAACUUUGUUAUCACGCCUUGCUAAAUGUUGAAUGUUUGAAGGAAAACGCUUGACACUGAACUGCAGUUUGGGGUUUGCGGAGCCUAGCAGUAAACUAAAGGUAAAGAUAAAGGUAUCUUUAGCAGUGCUAAAGGUAUCUCAUCUCACAUGUUUUACGAAUCCGUGUGUUACGAGAAUAGACCUCGUUACCUUGGGCGUAAUGCCUCCCCGUUACAGACCACGUGUCAUUCUCUUGAGAAUAAGAUUCUUUGUUUGAGUUGUAUCCAUAUUCAUGUGCCUUCUCUUGAACAACUCCUUAAGGUGCUGACACA